UGAAUGUUUUACAUGUGAUUGAAAUUUUGACUUAUUGCAAUGUUCUCAAAAAGUGAAAUUGUACUAGCACCUGUAUAAAGUAUUCAAUUUCUACUUUAUUGAUGUCUUAUUCUCUAAUUGCUAUUAUUUCAUUCUCAGGAGGCUCAUGAGAAACAGAGGGAUGAAAAUGUGCAGGAGGAAUCCCACAAGAGGUUGUCGUUAUAUAUGCAUUCCAAUUAUUGUGAUAUACCUUCAGAUCAUGAACCAGAUCAUGGAAAUGAGACUACAAAUGUCAUGAAAACCAAGGAUGCAGGUACUUUGUGCGACCCUGACCCUCUUUCAAAAGAGAAUGAAAAACUGCAGGAAGAGUUGCGGGAGACCAAACGUGAUCUACAGAGAGAAAGAUGGGGAGUUCACAGGAUAGCAGACAAUGACAGCCUGACAAAGUUCUAUACCAGUCUUCCAACCUUUGCAAUGUUUCUCUGGCUGUUCAGCUACCUGAAGGAUAAGUGUGAAAGGAUGACCUAUUGGACUGGGGAGAGCCAUACGUUGCCAGGGACAGACAGGACAAGAGCGCGUAGGUCCCAUCUCCAACCCAUAGAUCAGCUUCUUGCUGUCCUUAUGAGAAACCGUUUGGGUCUUUUUGUCCAGGACAUUGCAGAGCGGUUUUGUAUAGCUCCUAGCACAUUCUCGAAAUAUUACACCACCUGGCUAUGUCUUCUUCAUAAAGAACUGAAAUUCCUUAAUCCAUUUCCAGCCAAAGAUGUUGUUCAGCGCACAAUGCCCUCUCAAUUUAAAAAAAUUCCUAAUACACGUAUCAUUAUAGACUGCACUGAAAUAUUUAUUCAAAAAUCAUCCAGUUUAACAAAUCAGUCAUUAACAUUUUCAAAUUACAAGAAUCAUAAUACAGCUAAAUCUUUGGUUGGCAUCACUCCAUCUGGUAUUAUAUCAUUUGUUUCUGAGGGGUGGGGUGGAAAAGUCUCUGACCGACAAAUCACAGAAGAGUCAGGCCUAUUGGACCUUUUAGAACCAGGUGAUAGCGUUAUGGCAGAUAAGGGUUUCACGAUAACAGAUUUGCUUAAACAGAGAGGAUGCUAUCUUAAUAUCCCCCCUUUUUUACGUAAUGACCAUCAAUUUGCUGUGGAAGAUGUAUAUAAUACUCAGGAAAUUGCACAGCUCCGUAUACAUGUAGAGCGUAGUAUAGGCCGAGUAAAAAACUUUCAUAUUUUUGAUGGUGUUUUGCCAUUGUCAAUGAUACCACUUGUCAGUAAGUUAUUUCAAGUAUGCUGUUGGCUCUCGAAUCUUGAUGUACCCCUUGUGGAAGAUAAGUAAAAUUCCCCUUGUGGUAUCUAAUACAGUAAAACCUGAUCAGGUAAACGGAUAAGGUACACUUAAGUUUGAUUAUAAUAAAUUGUUUUUCGCUGACCCUGGAAGUUUGCUAUAACCAUGAUUUACUGUACAUGACAAAUAUUUACCUUCAAAUAGUGACCCUAAGCUUUACUCGGUUGUAUACUGGCUUUAACAAUUUUAUCCAUGAAUUUAAUGUGAUUACAUUGGGCAUUAUAAACAGAAUACCUUAAGGUUGCUCACUACACUAAAGCUUAUACUCUGUAUGACACCAUGUCACAAGACGGCGAUUUAAAUGUUUUGUGACAUUUGUAUCGAUCGAUUCGUUUGUCUAUCAUUGUAGCUCAGUGGUUAAAGCAUUGGGCUGGUGAACAGCAUAUCUCAAGUUCAAAUUCCCCAGAGUUUCUUGUUUAAAUGUGUUGAAAUAUUUUUUUUGAAAAUCAUGUUUUUAUCCAAAUUUGCCUUUUUGGCAUAUAUACUUAUUGUAAGUCAUCAUAUCUUCAUAUCUUUUAUAAUUAAAUCAAUUCGUGCUAAUUUGAGAAACUAUUUCUGGGUGUAGUGAGCCACCUUAAUGGUCAAACAAAGUCUGGUUGUCUGACAAUAUAUCGUUUUUCCAUUUUAUAGCUUUCAGAAAAGCCAAAAAGAGUAUUUUGCAUAACAAAAAUGUUUCAGACAAGUCUUUUUCAUUUAUAAGCAAUGUGAUAUACCAUUAUCUGUGACCAUGAUUCAUGUACACUCACAUGAUACCUAUUGCAUUCAAUUUCAUAAUACUUGUUUUAUGAAUACUGGAUACUCUGUGAAAUGGAAAUUAAUUUUGAUCAUAAUACACUGGGAAUAUGAAUUUCAUAUAAAAUUGAACAAGUUUUGGCAUCAUUGAAGCCACAAAUUCUGGAUCAAAUAAAACCCUAUCAACACAUAUAUUGUUGGAUUUUGCCGCAGUCCAAACAACAAAAUCGCACCACGGGGCACUCAUCAAGGCCAUUUCUCCAUGUACUUGGGCAUAAUACUUGUGGGAUGACUUUAACUUUGGUCCUUCACUAGUAUUUUCAAGACAAAAGCUCUUGUCUUCCAUUGCAAGGAUAUCUGGUAUUUCCAUGGCAUUUACCGAAGUACCCUUUAUGGAGUAUGGGCAUUUUAUUUCAAGCACGCCUGUGCUGUUCUCUUCUGUUACCCUCCCGUCACUGGAUGCACCUAGAAAAGUAUGGGUACUGCAGAGCAUCAAUCCAGUAGGGUCGAUUCUAAAGCUGUCCCCCAGUACUUGUUUCAUCAUAGAGUACUCCACUCAGGCUGUGUCCUCGUGAUCUAUCCCCCACUGUACAGAUGCUGGCACGUUUGUUUACCUAAUUCAAAAAUAUCAGAACAUCAAGAAUUAACUUAUACUUAAGGUAGCUCCACCCUCAUGUUACUUAUACAAAAAUAUUAUAAAUAAAUAUUAAUUGAAAGUGGAAAACUAUAUCCAUUUCCACUUGAUAUGGCUUGAUUUAAUUGGUAACCAAAGAAAAUGUGUAUGUUGUCGCCUUCGUAGAUGUCAGACAGUAUAAGUCAAAAUCAGAAAAUCACACAUUUUUGUAAAGCAGAAUAAUCAAAAAAAUUUCAUUAGAAAUAAUUGAUUAGACUAUGAAAAAUAUAAAUUUUAUCACUAUCAAUAAAUAACCAAUUUUUUUUAUAUUAUCCAGUGAAUAAAAUUUCUCGGAAAGUUAUAUUCCCAUCAAGUGCAAAGUAAUUUAAUAAAAAUUAUUGCAAAAACAUAUGAUAUCACAUCUAGGAUCAAUCUACCAUAAGAAGUUAGGUGGUUGUGUCUGGUAAUAUAACUUGUAUAUACUGAUGUAUAUGUUUUUAAUUUGUAUUAUGUUUAAGUAGAAAAGGUGAUCUUGUUUACUGAAUUUUUAAAAACAGAAUUUAAGAUGCAAUCUUGUAAAUGUUACAUGCAUGCAUGCACAUAUGAUAUCUUUGUUCAACAUACCUUUCAAGGUUUGAUCCCUCGACUAUCUGUCUAAUUAGAGAAUUGGAGUUGUUACCAGCAGAUAAUACAUCCCCAAAUAAGGAGCUAGUUAUCCUUCCAAUGUAUAACUGCUUCCACAUUUCACACUUUCUCUGCUCCUGUGUAUACUUCUCUAUGAACAUCACUAGAUCCAUGUCAAUGGAAGGUGGGGGCACUGGAAAAAAAUGUGUUGAUAUAUUAACCUGUUUUAUAUUACUAUGUGGUGGGUCAUAUGUUACAUUAAGCAGUUCCUUUUUAUUGUACAUUCAUUAAACUUGGUAGGAACGAAAUUUAUUGCAGGUGGUAAAUGGUCAUGUAGAACUUUCAAUAUCAAUUUGUUCUGUGUUUGAUACUCACAGUUGCCAACAGUAAAAAGCAUUUCUUCCAUUUUCAUGAUGUAGGGGUCCUUGGUUGUCACAAUUUCUUCUUCAUGUGAUGCCAUAGGGACAGGGUCUGGGAUAUUCCAAAUAUGCACCAUCCCUGAAACAAACAUAUAUUUAAAAUAUAUUUAAUAUAUACAUGUUGAUUAUAGGAUCCAAUCAAAUUCAAAUCUUAUGAUUCAUUAUUAAAUUGUUUUGUGUUUUUUAGUCAAGUUUGUUAUUACUGGUGUAUUAUUUAUAAUUGUUAUGUCUAUGAUACAGUAUAUUUUAAGUCAUCUAGAUCUCAAUUAGAUAUUUUUGCAACAUAUACAUGUAUGAUUGCUUUUUAUUUUGUCAAAUGUAUUGUUCAAUUUUAUACACUUGUUAUAAUUAUGUUUAUCUCAAGAUAAAGAGAUCAUAUUACUGUUUACAUAGUGUUAAUUUCCUUAAAUAAAGAAGUCCAGUCUGAGCUGUCAUCAAUUGCCA